CUCAAAUGAAAAAAAAAAUGGCCCGGUGAAACGUCGUUUUGGAUGGAGCAGGUGUUUUCGCCCAAGACUGUGAAAUUGUCGCAUAGAAAAUGAAAAUCUGGAGCACGGAGCACGUUUUCAGUUACCCGUGGGAGACGGUGAUUAAGGCGGCAAUGAGGAAGUACCCCAACCCCAUGAACCCCAACGUGGUGGGGGUGGACGUGCUGGACCGUGGCCUGGACACCGAGGGACGCCUGCACAGCCACCGGCUCCUCAGUACAGAGUGGGGUUUACCAGGCAUCGUGCGAGCGAUCCUCGGCACCAGCCAGACGAGGACUUAUGUAAAGGAGCAUUCCAUAGUCGACCCCGAGGAGAAGAAGAUGGAGCUGUGCUCAUCGAAUAUUACUUUAACCAAUCUGGUGUCUGUUGAUGAAAGGCUUGUUUACCAACCGCACCCUGACAACCCUGAGAUCACCAUCCUGACCCAGGAGGCCAUAAUCACAGUGAAGGGAGUUAGUUUAAGCAGUUACCUUGAGGGAAUGAUGGCCAGAAGGAUGUCUGCCAAUGCCAGGAAGGGCUGGGAUGCUAUUGAAUGGAUCAUACAGAAUUCUGAAAGAGAAAACGUUCCACUCUGUGACGUAUAUUAA